AUGAGCAUCCCAGAUGAGAAGAUAUUCCCCCACGCAACUGGCCUCGCCGCCAAGACAGUUGAGCUGCAUCAGCAGCCCCAGGAUCUCGUCUUCUAUGCCGGAUGGUUUUGCCCCUUCGUGCAGAGGUCUUGGAUUGCGCUCGAGGAGAAGGGUAUCCCGUAUCAAUACAAGGAGGUAAACCCGUACAAGAAGGAAAAGCGCUUCCUCGAGAUCAACCCGAAGGGCCUUGUUCCCGCGGUCGAGUACAAGGGAAAAGCCCUCUACGAGUCGCUCAUCAUCUGCGAGUUCUUCGAGGACGCAUACCCCUCCUACACGCCGCACCUCCUCCCCUCAGACCCUUUCGAACGCGCAUUCGUGCGCCUCUGGGUCGACUUCAUCUCGAAGAGCAUCGUCCCAGCUUUUCACCGCGUCAUUCAGGCCCAGGACGCGGAGAAACAGAAGGCUGGGCUCGAAGAAUUCAACAGGGCCCUGCGGACUCUCGCAGAGAAGGUCAAGGGCCCGUAUUUCCUUGGAGAGCAGUUCAGCCUGAUCGACGUCGCUCUCGCACCGUGGGUCGUGCGCGACUACAUCGUGCAGGAGCAUCGCGGCUAUACGAGGGAGGCGGUCGGCGCCAGGUGGAAGGAGUAUGCUGAGAGUCUCGAGAAGCGCGAGUCUGUGCUGAAGACACAGAGCGACAAGGAACAUUACGAGGAGAUAUACGCUCGGUACCUGCGCGACGAGGCGCAGAGCGAGGUCGCGAAGGCUAUCAGGAGUGGGAGGGGUCUCCCGUGA